AGAUGGAGAGAGAUGAGGUCUGAAAAGGACCAGAUGACCGUGGGCAAGGAGAAAAGCGUCGUGGAGAUACAGUUCAGGGACAUCCCGAGAGAGCAAGAAAGCACUCCCGGUAACCCCAAGCAGAAAGAAGAGAAGAAAGAGGUUUUCACAAAGGUGGUGAUUCGAAGGCUCCCACCUAACCUGUCAAAGGACCAGCUAGAAGAACAGCUCAGUCCUCUGCCAUCCUUCGACUACUUUGAGUUCUUCCCAGCAGAUCAAAGUCUCUAUCCUCACCUGUUCUCCAGAGCAUAUAUCAAUUUUAAAAACCCGGAAGACAUCCUGCUGUUCAGAGACCGAUUUGACGGCUAUGUCUUCAUUGACAACAAGGGUCAGGAGUAUCCUGCAGUGGUAGAAUUUGCCCCCUUCCAGAAAAUUUCCAAGAAGAAGCUAAAAAAGAAAGAUGCCAAAGCCGGGAGUAUUGAAGAAGAUCCCGAAUAUAAGCGGUUCUUGGAGAAUUACUCCUGUGAUGAGGAGAAGUCUAUGGCCAAUCCUGAGACUCUGCUGGGAGAGAUAGAGGCCAAGACCAGAGAGCUCAUAGCCAAGCGGACAACACCCCUGUUGGAGUACAUCAAAAAUAAGAAAAUCGAGAAACAGAGAAUAAGAGAGGAGAAGAGAGAAGAGAGGAGGAGAAGAGAGCUUGAAAAGAAGCGGCAAAGGGAAGAGGAGAAGAAGAAACGACGAGAAGAGGAGAGACGCAAACGAAAAGAGGCAGAGAAGCAGAAGAAAUUGUCUGAUAAAGACAUCAAAAUCAAGCUCCUGAAGAAGAGUGACAGAGAUGAUGAUGUGGAUUCAGACCGAAUGAAAGACAAAAGUGACAUUGGGGAGACAGACAGGGGCAAAUGGGAGAAAGCUGGAGGACAAAUGAAGUCAAAGGACCCCAAAGAAAAAGGUCAGCCUGAGAGUGACAAGGAGCAGAGAGAGCAGCACGGACGCCGACAGAGAGACAAGGAUCACAGAGGGAAAGACGAAGAAAGGAAAAGACAGCGACACCAUUAUGAGUUUGAUAAGUUUAUGCGCCGAAAAGAUGAGACCAAGUGGGGGAAGGGCUACUGCCAGGACCGAGCCAAGAAAGAGGGGCACCACCAUGGCUUUUCUUACUGUCCUGACAGUGGGGAAAAACUAGGAAAGGAGGACAGGGAGGACCUGGGUAAUCGGAAGGAACGCCUCCGAAACAAGGUGAGCGAGAAGGACCGUCCAGCCAUGCAGCUCUAUCAGCCAGGCGCACGCAACCGCAAGCGCAUGAGUUCAGCGGGCAAAGGCUACGACUGCAUCCCUGUGGGCCCCUCACCUGAACCGGGGACAGAGCAUUGUUACGAGAUUGUCACUAUGGCAACGGGGCUGGAGAAGGGGUUUGAAAAAAGCAAAGAUGAACAGUGAGCAGUCUGGAUGUUCAGAGGAAAUACAAAUAAAUUAUUCAGCUUCCCAGCAUAAGUUGGUGGUGACAGGUUUGACUGGUUGUGUUGAACUUAUAAGGCUAAUAUACCACACGGAGGGAGAAAGCACUUCAAAAGCAAACAGGCUUUUUAGAAAGUUUCAUCCAUGUUAGGUGUAAUAAAACUCUGAGCUUUAAAUGUUGGUCAAGGUUUUUGUUUUACUGAAGCAUGAACUUUUUUUUAGGACAUGCUGACUAUUUUAGGUGUUUCACUGAUUAAUAUUAAAAAUAACUGUUAAAAUAUACCGUUAGGUUGUAUCUUUGGAAUAAACAGUUUGAAAAAUACUCUGAAGAGGUGCAAACAAUAGCAGUUACCUUUGUGAUAGCACAACAUUUAACUUUAUUUCUCACAGUUGUUGGCAGAUUUCACGCACUAUCUUGGUGCAGAUGCACAGAUUGAUAUUUUUUUAAAAUCGCUCCUGCUAGCUCGUUUUCAGUGUCCUCAAAGGUUUGGCACAUGAGCCAGUACAGUGUCAUUCCUUGUGGUCAUCAUGUUCUUUAAGUGUUUCCCUGUAAGAGGCAGCUCACGUGUGGUGUCCAUCAACAGUUUGCUGGUGAAUCCAUGAUCUCAUCCUCUGCAACAGAACUAAACCUUUGUAGAGUCCACUGAAACUGGAUGUUUUUAAUGAUCCUAUAGAUUUUAUUAAAACAAAAUAUAAUGUAAGUGGCACACAGAAUGGAUGUAAAAAACGUAACAGUGGAAAUUCUGCGUGUAUUUUUUGUGUGUAAAGGUGAGCAACUGAGAGGAAGAAUUAUUAUUGAUUGAGAGGGCAAUGUCAACAUGUUUUACUGCUUUUUCCUUUUUUUAUGUGUCUUUUUACAUUUGAUCCAUUUUAUGUUAAGUUGUUGUGCAAAUGAGACAAGAGAGACAAGAUUUUUUUUUGUGUGAGUAAAGCUUUGUACAUGAUCACCCAUGAGCCAG